UUCAAUCUCAAUCUCAAAGACUCAAACUUUGAUUUCGAAUUCGCAGAAAACAAUCAUGGGCAAAACUGAAAAGACCGAAAAGGCCAAAGAGAGAAGAGAAAAGCGGCGCCAGGAGAUCUCUCUGCUCAGAACCAUCCCUUAUUCCGAUCACCAAAGGUGGUGGUCGGCUGAGACCAUUGCGGUGGUGACCGGAGGUAAUAGGGGCAUUGGAUUUGAAAUCACUAGACAACUUGCGGCGCAUGGAUUGACUGUAAUAUUAACAUCCAGAGACCCUGAAGUGGGAUGUGAAGCUGCUAAGGUGUUGCAGGAAGGUGGUCUCAAUGUGUAUUUUCAUCAGCUGGAUGUGUUGGACCAGGUUUCCAUUAAAGAGUUUUGUGACUGGUUGGUGGAAAACUAUGGUGGUUUGGAUAUUCUGGUGAAUAAUGCAGCUGUUAAUUUCAAUCAGGGGUCUGAUAAUUCUGUGGAGCAUGCGGCUCAAGUGUGCACUACGAAUUAUUAUGGCACCAAGAAUAUGAUUCAAGCGUUGAUCCCCUUGAUGAAGCAUUCAGCUGCUGGGGCUCGGAUUGUUAAUGUGAGCUCCAGAUUGGGUAGACUGUGUGGCAAACGAAAUAGAAUUGAAGAUCUGAAUUUGAGAAAACAACUUGCCAAUGUGGAGACACUCACAGAGGAAAUUAUUGAUGGAGCAGUAGACAGUUUUCUAAAACAAGUAGAAGAUGGCACAUGGGAAUCAGGUGGGUGGCCGAAAACGUUUACUGACUACUCAGUAUCAAAACUUGCAGUCAAUACUUACACCAAGCUAAUGGCAAAGAUACUCUCUGAUCGACCAGAAGGGCAGAAGAUCUUCAUCAACUGUUACUGCCCAGGUUGGGUAAAGACUGCUAUGACGGGCUAUGCUGGGAACAUUUCAGCUGAAGAAGGAGCCGACACUGCUGUAUGGUUGGCCUUGCUUCCAGAUCAGGCAAUAACAGGGAAAUUUUUUGCUGAGAGACGUGAGAUUAGGUAUUGAAGAUGACUGAGGGCUGACCGAGUUUGUGAAAUAGUUCAGUUGCUUAUUCUGGACUGUCUAGCCACCACAACCAAUAUGAAACUGAAAUUUCUACUGUAAAACAACUAUUUAGCACUGAUUUAUGCGUGAAGGAAUACCUUGGCAGUAUUGAUGAACAUGGUCAGCAACAACCAUUGUAGGAUGAGACAGAAAAGAUAGAUGCUCUGUUGCAGGUUAUAUCAGCAUAGGUAUAUCACUCGUUUUUGUUUUCAGAAGGCCAGAAUUCUGGAAUCAACAUUUUGUGGUGGUCCUUUUAAGUAAUCAGAUUAGGAUUAAAUCAAGUUGGGGGUCUUGGUGAUUGUUAUGCCUCUGUUUCCUUUAUUUAGCUUUACACUCAAUGCAAGUGGUUUUUCUUGGUACAUUUGAAGACUGCAUGCUCUACUUUUUAGUUU